AAGGCAAAAAUCGCGAAGCUUGGCGCGUGCAGGGGCAGGUGACACAGACGUGGCUUCCCGGAGCUGGCUUAGCACUGCUGCUCCCCGCCCACUGGCGGGACAGCGCCGGCGGCCGCACGCGCGCGCAGUGGACCUUAAAAGCCGCGGCAGCGCGGGGAGGGAGCGGAGCUUGCCCCCGGCGCCCCCAGCAGCGGCUGCACCAUGCACGUGAACGGCAAAGUAGCGCUGGUGACCGGCGCGGCUCAGGGCAUAGGUAGAGCCUCCGCGGAGGCGCUGCUGCUCAAGGGCGCCAAGGUAGCGCUGGUGGAUUGGAAUCUGGAAGCAGGUGUGCAGUGCAAAGCCGCCCUGGAUGAGCAGUUUGAACCCCAGAAGACACUGUUCGUCCAGUGUGAUGUGGCUGACCAGGAACAACUGCGAGAUACUUUCAGAAAAGUUGUAGACCACUUUGGAAAAUUGGACAUUUUGGUCAAUAACGCUGGAGUGAAUAAUGAGAAAAACUGGGAACAAACCCUGCAAAUUAACUUGGUUUCCGUUAUCAGUGGGACCUAUCUUGGUCUGGAUUACAUGAGUAAGCAAAACGGAGGUGAAGGCGGCAUCAUUAUCAAUAUGUCAUCUUUAGCAGGACUAAUGCCAGUUGCACAACAGCCCGUCUACUGUGCAUCAAAACACGGCAUCGUGGGAUUCACACGCUCCGCAGCGAUGGCUGCUAAUCUUAUGAACAGUGGUGUGAGACUGAAUGCCAUUUGUCCAGGCUUUGUCAACACGCCCAUCCUUCAAUCCAUUGAAAAAGAAGAAAACAUGGGGCAAUAUAUAGAAUAUACACAUCACAUCAAGGCUAUGAUGAAAUACUAUGGAAUUCUGGACCCAUCGAUGAUUGCCAAUGGGUUGAUAACACUCAUCGAGGAUGACGCUUUAAAUGGCGCUGUCAUGAAGAUCACGACGUCUAAGGGGAUUCACUUUCAGGACUAUGACACCAUUCCACCUCAUGGAAAAACUCAGUGACUGCCUGAUACAGCAUCCGCAACCAAAAAUAUGCAGAAAUGCCACAGAGCAUGUCUUCAUUUGAAUACAGAUUUUUAAAUGAAAGAUGAUACUCUGAAGCUUCCCUUCAUGCAUUUUGACAUUGAUUUUCUACAUUUUUAUUUACUUAUGUGGAUAAACACGAUGAACCAACAAAAAUAUGAUGUGACCCAAGGUAGAUUGUGGUCUCUACAGUUUAAGAAAUGUUUGAAACAGAGGCUAUUCAAGGAAUAUUCUGCUUUUCAGAAAAUGUAUUUAAAUCUGUGGUGGUUCAUGAAUGUUUUCCAGAGCAUGAUUUUAAAGGAGAUACUUGAAUUGUUAUUUAAAUCAAACCAGAUGUAAUAAACUCACUUUAUUUGUAUUUUUCACACUGUAGAGAGGGAAGCUGUGUUAAGUGAUGAUAAUUCUUACUCUUACACCAUUCUGUUGAACAUUUUUGCUUUUUCAAGUGGCAUAUUUGGAGGCCAGUAGAUAAUGAAUAAAUUGUGGUGUGAAUGUAUUCCGAAUGAAAAACUGAUGUAUCGAAAAACGAUGGAAAGUACCUGGUUGGGAUGUUGAUGUGCAGUUCAGCCUCCCACCUGGGAAAAUAACUUACUUCCUCUUUGCUUUCUUCAAGAACUUUAAUUGACUUCAAAAACCUCAGGAAUUAAAUUUCUUACAGCUAUAGCAAUAAAGAAGAGAUAAUGCUUGAAAAAUUGUACAUUUAACAUACACUCAUUAAGAAGAAACAUACAAAUAAAAUUUUGUUCAGAUUACUACUUAGUUGAUUUGCAGCCAGUUUUAAAAGUGCCCACCCUUCAAUCAAACGCUUUUAUUCUAAUCUCCCCAGAAGUUUCUUAGUCUUCCCUGUAUAGCUAUUGAGGACAUGAAACCAAUGUUGCCAUGGCCAAAACUUGUAAAUGUUUAUGUACAUAUGCUGAAAAUCCUAAUAAAACAGAAGUAAAAAGA